CUGGGGCAGUAUAAAUAUAGACACAGCCGGGCUUUCUGGUGACGUUUAUGUGGGGAAGUCCAGUGUCGCGGUGCUGCGUUGACCUGAAAACAAGACACACUCCAGUUACACCUUUCUACUGCACACGGCUCAUGACACUUCCAUAGAGACCACAGGCUGCGUUAACAACAAUGGAGAGACCUCCCUUCAGGCAGAACCAGGACUUCGGAGACUGGGAACUGAAAGAGAGGCUGGGCAUGGGAGGCUUUGCCCAUGUUUACCUCUACCAGCAUAUGCAAACACAUGAAAAACUGGCUAUAAAAAUGUGUCGCCUGGAGCUUACACCAAGGAAUAAAGACAGAUGGAGCAGGGAGAUCCAGAUCAUGAAAAAGUUAAAUCAUAUCAAUAUCGUGACAGCUCAGGAGGUCCCAGAGGAAGUGGAGCCCAUAGCCUUAAAUGAUCUUCCACUGCUGGCCAUGGAGUACUGCUCCAGAGGAGACCUGAGGAAGGUGCUGAGCAAACCUGAAAACUGCUGCGGUCUGAAAGAAAGUGAAGUGCUUUCAUUACUUAAUGAUGUUGGAUCCGGUAUCCAGUAUCUCCAUGAAAACAAGAUCAUACACAGAGAUCUUAAACCGGAAAACAUUGUGCUACAAGACAUCAAUGGGAAGUUGGUUCACAAGAUUAUCGACUUGGGCUAUGCUAAAGACCUGGACCAGGGGAGUCUGUGCACUUCAUUCGUUGGCACACUUCAGUACCUGGCACCUGAGCUCUUUGAGAAUAAACCGUACACUGUGACUGUGGACUAUUGGAGCUUCGGAACAAUGAUCUUUGAGUGCAGUUGUGGUUUCCGUCCAUUCCUACACAACCUGCAACCUGUGCAGUGGGCCAGCAAAGUGAGGAAUAAAGGUCCAAAAGACAUCAUGGCAGUAGAAGAACUAAACGGAGAAGUCAGGUUCUCCACACAUCUCCCCUAUCCCAACAAUCUCAGCAGGACGCUGUUGGAGCCGAUGGAGGCGCUGCUUCAGCUGAUGUUAAAGUGGGAUCCAGUGCACAGAGGAGGCCAAGUGAACCAUGAAACCAAGAAACCCCUCUGCUUUGAACUCCUUGAGCAGAUACUGAGCAUGAAGGUGGUCCACAUCCUGAACAUGACCACAGCGCAGGUCCACUCCUUCCAGCUGACUCCAGACGAGAGUCUCCACAGUCUGCAGAAGCGCAUCGAAGCUGAGACCAAGAUUGAGGUGGUGAACCAGGAGCUGCUCCAGGAGACGGGAGUGUCGCUGGACCCCAGGAAGCCCGCCGCACAGUGUGUCCUGGAUGGAGUGAGAGGAUGGGACAGCUACAUUGUCUACCUGUUUGAUAAGAGCAUCACCAAGUACACCGGCCCCUUCAGUGCCAGACGUCUCCCUGAGAAAGUCAACACCAUUGUGCAAGAUGCCAAGACGCAGCUGCCUUUGGUGGUGAUGAAGAAGGUGUGGGGUGAAGCUGUGAGCUACAUCUGUGGCCUGAAAGACGACUACAGCAGACUUUUCCAGGGGCAGAGAGCUGCCAUGUUGAGCCUCCUCCGCUACAACACCAACCUGACCAGGUGUAAAAACAGCAUGUUCGGCUUCUCGCAGCAGCUCAAAGCUAAGCUGGAUUUCUUCAAGAGUAGCAUCCAAUAUGACUUGGAAAAAUACAGCGAUCAGAUGCACUAUGGCAUAUCCUCAGAAAAGAUGCUGAAAGCCUGGCAGGAGAACGAAGAAAGAGCUGCAGCUUUUGCUCAGGUGGCAGAGGUGAGCCAUUUGGAUGAUGAGAUCAUGGCUCUGCACUCUGAGAUAGUAGAACUACAGAGGAGCCCAUAUGCCCGACGCCAAGGAGACAAGAUGGAGCAGCUGGAAGAAAAGGCAAUCGAGCUGUACAGGCAACUGAAAAUGAAAUGCAAAGUACCUGACUCUGAUGUGAGCUGCGACAGCUCUGAGAUGGUGAAGGCCAUCAUCCAGACAGUCCAGAACCAAGACAAGGUCCUCAAAGAUCUGUUCACACACCUCAGUAAAAUCCUGAUCAGCAAACAGAAGAUUAUUGACUUGUUUCCCCGAAUUGACAAAACUCUGGAGAGCAUCAAGGACGCUGACAACACCGUGAUGCAGAUGCAGAUCAAGAGACAGAGGGAGUUCUGGCACUUACUCAAGAUCGCUUGCGCUCAGAACUCGUCACGGAGCUCGAUAGCAGCCAGUCCCGAGUCGUCCAACCUGCUGCAGGUUUCUCAGUGGUCCCAGUCGGCACAGCCAGUCAGCUCCCCACACCCCCUCACCUCCCUACCAGGGCCAAAUGACAGUGAUGCUGCCCCACGACUCCUGCAGGAGAACCAGAAGUACCUCAGUCAGCUGACCAGCCUGAUGCAGGAAGCUGCUGACGAACAGGCCAAAAGCAUAGUGGACCAAGACUGGAGCUGGACCAAAUACGAAACUUUAACAACAAAACUAAAAAAGCGAAAUUCGUAAAGUCCGCCCUCCACCCCCUGCCUGAGUAACACUAAGGACUGUGAGCUGAUAACGCGGCUGAGUGGCGUCUAACAGUACAGUAGUACAGUUGUACAUGGACUCGGGAUUUUCUCGUGGAAACGACUUUCCUGCUCAUCUUUAAAGAAAAAAAAAAGCUGAGUUCACACAUGCUCAGCGGCGUGCGUCUCCUCCCAUCGUCUCACAUGGUGGAAAGUUUGAUUAUUGAGCUUGUUUUUUAAGACAAACAAUGAAGCUGUCUCUCUCUCUCUCUCUCUCUCUCUCUCUCUCUUCUUUUCUUUAUGCUGCACAAUAUUCAUCACACUUUGGUUUUUACUAUCACUGCAAAAAUCGAGCAAACUAUAGCACCACAUUUGAGGGCUUGAGAUGGGUCAGUCAGGUGGGAGAGCGUUCGACGGGAACUUGUUUGACCCCGUGGCAUAAAAGGGAAACGCAGGAAGGUGUCGGGGGUCGCUGGAAGGCGGGUGUGGGGAGGAAAUAAGAAUCAAGCAAAGAGCACUUUGAUACUCCCAUGUGUCCUCUCUGUGAAGAGGUGAAACGUUCCCAGCUGCCAAAAAUGUCGCAGAAUUUAAAGCGAGCAGAAACUGUCAGCGUCGGUUUGAUUGAUUUACUAGAAACGUUUGAGGGCGCGUGUUGAAUUCUCUGUAUGUACGUUUUCAAAAUACAAUUGUUACAGGCAGAAAACCCGUGGCUGGCCAUUAUGUUGAUAUGUGUAUACUGUAUGUGUGUCUUUUUAACCGUCAUGGAUGUAAGGCAGGGUUUUCUCGUCUCGUUCGAGUGCAAAUAAUGUACGCUAAAUUCAUAGUCGUGCAGAGCUGAAACGAUUAGUCCGUAGUUUCCAUAGAAAUCUGAGUAAUUCUGUAAUCAAUUCUGCAUCAAGACGAGCAGGUGGUGGGACUCGUGCUCAGACCGUGCCGUAAAACCACUGCAGAAGAAGAGGAUGGGGUUAAGAGACCAGAGCGCCGCAGGGCGGAGGCAGAUUUAAUGGGACGGUGAAAGAUGGCGAAGCUUGCUUUGUGCUGCACACAUGAGCUGCUCCAGAGGAAGUUCUUUUCAGAUUAAAAUGUAAGUCUAAAAGUGCCAUGUUUCCCAAGAGCAAUUUAUGCAUAUGAGUAAAGUUGGCAUGGUAACCUUUGCACUUUUAGUUGCUGUUGCAGAAAAUAAAUUGCAUAUUCUUGGUGAUUAAAAAUAACAGGAUUUACAUUUGGCAGUGACAGUGAACACGUUUAAUUUUCUGCAAAUGCCUCGUGAUGCCCGUCUGAGAGUUUAGGUUUUCUCAAGUCGGCGACCACAAAGAAAGUCUGUUGAUCUUGAUCUCUGCAGUGAAAGCUCGGUUAAUAAAAACAUGAAAAAUCUUUUUCACUGCAGAUCUGAUAUCUUUGUCUCCUUAUCAAGGCUGAAAACAAAUAUUUCAUGCAAAUCACGAUUUAUUGGGUAAUUCUGAUCAUCUUCUUUUCAUCUUAUUUUUAUGGAUCUGAAAGAUCUGAAAGUCUGAAACGUUGUUGGAGUAUUUUUGACAGGUUAAAGUCAAAUUAAAUGUGGAAUGUUUCUGAUCUCUCUGAGAUGAUAACGUAUCUUUUUCUUUAUCAAAUACGGCCAAAAAGAAAACCAUCUCAAAUGUCUGUGCAGUUUUUGAACAUUUUUAUAUUCAGACUUUUCGUUGAGAGAAAUUUAAAGGAUUCUCAACUUUUUCUGAAAUCAGAGAGAAAUGAGUGAUAGUCAGUGAUAACAAAUGUGCCAUCCGCCGGAGUCUGCCAUUCAAAAAAUGAGGAAAUGUAAAACAAAUGAGUAAUCUUACCCUCUUAUUCGGCUCAGGCUUGCAGGGAGUGAGUGUGGGAAUCAUUUCCUCUAUUUUUAAAUAAUUGCAUGUGUAAAGCUCAAGCCUUCACUGAGUCACACGGCACACCUCAACACGUUUAUCAGUUGCAAGAAAACAGGAUCCAGGUUCAAUUUUAUUUCAUUAGCCGUCGGCUCAGUGGGAUAGUCUGAUGCUCUGCGUCCCACCACUCGGACGCACUCCGCAGUUUGAAAACCAAAAGGUAAAACUGGUGUAAAAAGAUCCAGAGCUGCUCUUACUGUCAUUCGUUCCUGUAGGAGGUCACGACUGAAGUUACUGACAGUGAGAAAAUUACAUUUGUAGCCUUUCAAUGAUAACAAGUGUAUCAUCUCCUGGAGUCUGUCAUUCAAGAAAUGAGCAAAUAAAAACAAAUCGGAUGCAUUUAGUUUGUUUCGAUUGUCUGCAAGUGUCAAACUUGGCUCCAGCUCGAGUUUUCCCCUCAUUAAUGAUCAAUCUGUCAAAAAUUCGGUUUUUUGUCCUUAUUAUUGUUUUAAAAGCCCAGAAUUGAUUCAUCAAUGGUUGAGAGUAAAGCAGUGAUUAUUAUAAUGUUACACAGUAUAUUGAUGGUGCUGAAGAUACGCUUCCUGUUUCUCCGGUUUCUCAGAUCUCAGUAACAGGAAGCCGAGAACGUCUCGGGUUAAUUUGCUUGAAAAACAAAUAAAGACUAGCCGGCUAAUCGUUUCAGCUCUCACCACAAACACGAGUCGUUUCUCUCUGACAUCCCAUAAUGACAGGAAUGCAACAACGUUGGUGCGACACGGUCUGGUUUCCUCUAAUCUGAGCGAUCGAACCCGUGAGCGAUGGGUCGAAUGUGCUGUACGGUCGUGUUUCUUUGGGCCAGAGAGAGAAAUGAGCUUUCUUGUAUUUAUGAAGUUAAAGUGCAAUGGCUAAAAUAAUAUUUUUCUUCUUUUUGUUUUGUAUUUAAAAAUAACUCCGUUUGUUUUCUUUCCAUUUAAGUUUUGUUUCCGUCUGCUGGUUUAAGUAUGUUCACUUUUUAGAAAUUUAAUUGUAUGAAGAUCAAAUGUUUACCUGGAAAUAAAAUAAAUCACUUUGGCACGA